AUGGACAACAAUAACGUCACCCAAAUAAUACUAAACCUUACCCUGGAGACCAUCUACCUGCUGACUGGAGAGGACUAUGAAGUAAUGAAGAGGACAUCUGGUGGUGGCUUCACUUCCCGUGUCUGUGGGGGCUUGAGCCAAACUAUGAAUCCUUCACUUCCCUUCAAGAAGCAGGAGAAGAACGACAAGAAAAUUCUGGAACUCACCAACCAGGUCAUUCACAUACUGACUGGAGAGGUGUGGAAGUAUUUGGGACAAACAACUCUGAGUGACCACGCAAAGCUGGAAGACUCUACGUCUAUAUGGACUCAUGAUGCAAAUCAUGAUCUACCCAACUGCAGCAAAGAGCAAUCCAAUUUCCAUGAUGUGGGUGUGUCAGUAGCUAUGGAUAGUACCCACCAUAUGUCCCUGAUGCCCAAUGGUUCUGAAGAAGCCUAUCCAUCAGACUCUGAAAUCUCCACACCGACUCUUAUCAAAGAGGAACCCCUGUCAGCUGAAGAACGUCUCCCCCGGCUGGUGGUCUCCAAACCAAGACAACAUACAUCUCAAGUUGAUACAUUAUCACAUGAAGACGGGCACCCGGGAAAGCUGGAUAUUUAUUCCCCUGCUGCGCAAUACCUAUCUUUCACCAUCAAGGAGGAAGAAGAUCUCCAACGCACAGAUCCCAACAUAUCCUCCAAUGAAAUGCGGGCCACAUCUCCAGAGAUCUCAGAUGAAUCCAUCAUGCUGGAAAACUUGGAUGAAACUGUGACUUCCCUUGGGAACCAUUUUUCUGCCUCGCCAAAUCAGGAGCACUCCCGGCAAGCCAACCCCGGUGAGGAAUCAUAUUCUCAUUACGACUACAGUGCUGGUGCAGGUGGUGAUUUCACCAAAGCUGGGUUCUCCGGGACUGGUGAAAAGCCUUCUGACCCACAGCUGAGUCUCGGCAAGCAUCUGAUGAUUCUCCGGAAAGGAAAAACCUUCUUCUGCUCAGAGUGCGGGAAGUCCUCCUCCUGGAGGUCGGUAAUGGUCCACCACCAGCGCAUUCACACGGGAGAGAAGCCGUUUUCUUGCCCCGAGUGUGGGAAGUGCUUCAACAGCAAAUCCCACCUCAUCCUGCACCAGAGGACUCAUACGGGCGAGAAGCCGUAUUCGUGUUCGGAGUGCGGGAAGUCUUUCACCUGCAGCUCGCACCUCGUCACGCACAGGCGGGUUCACACGGGGGAGAAGCCUUAUUCCUGCUCCGAGUGUGGCAAAAGCUUCAUCAGCAGCUCGAAUCUCAUCCGGCACCAGAAGUUUCACACCGGAGACAAGCCCUAUUCGUGCCUGGACUGCGGGAAGAGGUAUGCACAGAAGUCGAGUCUUUCUGCACAUCAGAGGCUUCACAGAUGUAAGAGAAUGUAUUCUUGUACUGAGUGCGGGAAAUGUUUUCCACAGAAAAGCAGCCUCUCUAGGCAUCAGAGACUGCACACAGGCGAACGCUAUUUUUGCUCCGAGUGUGGGAAAUCCUUUGCGAAUAACUCACACCUAGUCCGGCACCAGAGAGUCCACACGGGCGAGAAGCCGUACUCCUGCCUAGAUUGCCGGAGGAGCUUCGCCAACAGUUCCCAUCUUAUCCGCCACCAGCGGGUCCACACGGGGGACAAGCCUUACUCCUGCCUCCAAUGCGGGCGCUGCUUCUCCAACAACUCCCACCUCGUCAUCCACCAGCGGGUCCACACGGGCGACAAGCCCUACUCCUGCGACGCGUGCGGCAAAAGCUUUGGCACCAAACAGAACAUGGACCGCCACAAGCGGAUCCACACCGGGGAGAAGCCCUUCGACUGCCCCGUCUGCAAGAGAAGCUUCGCCCACAAGUCGGCCAUGAUCAAACACGAGCGGAUCCACACGGGCGAGCGGCCGUACAUCUGCGGCGAGUGCGGCAAGGGCUUUGUGGCCAAGUCGGAGCUGGUGAAGCACGAGCGGACUCACACGGGGGAGAAGCCGUACGAGUGCGCCGAGUGUGGGAAGCGCUUCAGCCGGAACUACGAACUCGGCCUUCACAAGAAGAUCCACACGGGGGAGAAGCCGCACUGUUGUCCGCAGUGCGGCAAAUGGUUCCUGCGGAAUAAAGCGCUUCUGGAUCACCAGCGGGUCCACACGCGGCCGAAGCCGCACAGCUGCUCCGAGUGCGAGAAGUCCUUCCCUCUGAAGCAACUGCUUGUCAUACACCAACGCAGCCACACGGGGGAAAAGCCGUACGCCUGUACGGACUGCGGCAAGUGUUUCUCCCAGCGCUCCUCGCUGGGGAAACACCUGCGGUCCCACUCCGGAGAGAAGCCGUACCCGUGCCCCGUGUGCGGGAAGAGAUUCGGCAGCAGGCCCACCCUCAUAAUCCACCACCAGAGCCAUACGGACGAGAAGCCCUUCGCGUGCUCGGAAUGCGGGAGCAGCUUCCACCAGAAGAUCGCGCUCAUAAAGCACCAGCGCAUUCACACGGGAGAGAGGCCGUACUCCUGCAACGAGUGCGGGAGUCGCUUCACCCAGAAGCACUCUCUGUCCAUGCACAAACGGACCCAUUCUGGCGAGAAGCCCUUCGAGUGCACGGAGUGCGGCAGGCGCUUCUCCCGUAACUCGCUCCUCAUCGUUCACCAGAGGAUCCAUUCCGGGGAGAAGCCGUACUCGUGCGCGGAGUGCGGCAAAUCUUUCCGCCAUAAGUCAGUGCUGAGCAACCACCAGCUGACUCAUACCAGGGAGCGGUCUUUUCCUUGCCCGGAGUGUGGGAAGUGUUUUAACCGCAGCUGCUACCUCAUUCUACACCAAAGAGGACCUCACCCCGGUGUAAAACCCUAUUGUUGUUCAGAGUGCGGGAAGGGUUUUUCUGACAUCAGCCACCUGACCGUUCACAAGAGAAUCCACACAGGGGAGAAGCCAUACACCUGUUCGGAGUGCGGGAAGUCCUUUACCCAGAAGUCAUUGCUGAUCAGCCACCUGAGAACUCAUACCGGAGUGAAACCCUAUUCUUGUUCGGAGUGCGGGAAGUGCUAUUCCCAAAGUGGACACCUGACUGUUCACAAGAGAGUCCAUUCUGGAGAGAAGCCGCACACCUGCUUGGAGUGCGGAAAAUCGUUUUAUCAGAGGUCACUCCUGACCUACCACCAGCGGAUUCACACCGGGGAGCGGCCGUACGCCUGUCCGGAGUGCGGGAAAAGUUUCACCCAUCGAGCGAACCUAGCCGUGCACCAGAGGAUCCAUCUGGGAGAAAAACCAUUUUCGUGUGCAGAGUGCGGGAAAUCCUUUAUUAAUAAGUGGGGGCUGAUCAGCCACCGGAGAACUCAUACCGGGGAACGGCCUUACUCGUGCCCCGAGUGCGGAAAGUGCUUUUCCCGUAGCCCUAACCUGAACCUGGUGAGGCAUCAGCGCAUCCACCGGAGCCUCAAAGCGUACACGUGCCCCGAGUGCGACAAGUCUUUCCAGCAGAAGUCCACGCUGGUGGUCCACCUGCGCAUCCACACCGGGGAGAAGCCGUUCCCCUGCAAGGACUGCGGCAAGUGUUUCGCCCAGAAGUCGUCGCUCAUGAAACAUCUGCAGUCCCACACCGGGGAGAAGCCCUACUCCUGCUCGGAGUGCGGGAGGUCCUUUGGCCGGAAGUCCAUGGUGGUAAGCCACCAGCGGACUCACACCGGGGAGCGGCCUUACGCCUGCGCCGUGUGCGGGAAGUGUUUUUCCAGCAGCACAAAUCGCCUUUCCCACCAGAGGAUCCAUUCGGGGGAGAAGCCGUACGCGUGUUCCGAGUGCGGGAAGUCCUUUUCCCUAAAGUCGUCCCUGACCAGCCACCAGCGGACACAUACCGGAGAGCGGCCUUAUGUUUGUUCUGAGUGUGGGAAAAGCUUUACCCGCAGUUAUCAUCUUCUCCAGCACCAGAAGAUCCACUCGCUCAUGUACAGCGGGCCCCAUUCCCUGCCCUGUUUGCAGUGCGGGAAGUUCUUCGGCAGGGAGGAGCAGCUGGUGAAACAUCAGCUGAUCCACACCAGCCCCAAACUGUACACGUGCCCCGAGUGCGCCAAGUCCUUCCGGCUCCGGUCGCUGCUCAUCGAGCACCUGCGCACUCACACCGGGGAGAAGCCGUUCGCGUGCAAGGACUGCGGGAAGUGUUUCGCCCAGAGGUCGACGCUGAUGAAGCACUUGCGGGCCCACUCGGGCGAGAGGCCGUACUCCUGUACGGAGUGCGGGAAAUCCUUCAAUCAGAAGUCGAUGCUGGUCAACCACCAGCGGACCCACACCGGGGAAAGGCCUUACGCGUGUUCGGAGUGCGGGAAGCGCUUCUCCCACAGCACCAACCUGGUGACCCACCAGAGGAUCCAUUCGGGAGAGAAGCCCUAUUCGUGUAAGGACUGCGGGAAAUGUUUUACUAAGAAGUCAGCCCUGACCUGUCACCUGCGGACGCACACCGGGGAGCGGCCUUAUGCUUGCUUGGAGUGCGGGAAAAGCUUCACUCGCAGUUCUUACCUCCUCCUACACCAGAGGGUCCACUCAGGUGAGCGGGCUUUCAGCUGCGAUGGGUGCAAGAAAAGCUUCGCCAGCAGCUCCGACCUCCUCAAACACCAGCUGGUGUACAAGGGGCCCCAUUCUCUCAUCUGUCUGGAGUGCGGAAAGUGUUUCGCCAAGAAAGCACAGCUGGUUAAACAUCAGCGUAUCCACACCAGGCCCAAGCCCUUCACCUGCCCCGAGUGCAAGAAGUCCUUCCCUCUGAAGUCCCUCCUGAUAACGCACCAGAGGGUCCACACGGGGGAGAAGCCGUUCUCAUGCCCGGAGUGCGGAAAGUGUUUUGCCCAGCAGUCGUCGCUCAUCAAACACGUGAGGACUCACUCGGGGGAGAAGCCGUACAGUUGCUUGACGUGCGAGAAGAGCUUCACCAGCAGCACCAACCUCAUUCUGCACCACCGUACGCACACGGGAGAGAAGCCCUUUGUGUGCACAGACUGUGGGAAGGGCUUUGGCCAGAAGUCCCUCCUGGUCAUCCAUCAGAGGUCCCACACGGGGGAGAAGCCUUAUUCCUGCCCCAUCUGCGGAAAGUUCUUCACCAGCAAGUCCCCCUUUGUCCGGCACCAGCGAAUUCACACGGGCGAGAAGCCUUUUUCCUGUCCGGAGUGUGGGAAGUGCUUCAACCAGAAUUCGCUACUCAUGAAGCACCAGCGCGUUCACACGGGAGAGAAACCCUUUCCCUGUCCCGAGUGCGGGAAAUUCUUCGCCCAGAAGACCUCCCUGGGCAAACACCGACGGACUCAUUCCGGGGAGAAGCCCUACAUGUGCUGUGAGUGCGGGAAGAGCUUUGCCCGCAGCACUCACCUCACCGUUCACCAGAGAAUCCAUUCGGGAGAGAAGCCGUACUCCUGCUCACAGUGUGGGAAAUGCUUCAACCAGAAAUCGGUGCUGAUCAGUCACCAGAGAACUCAUACCGGGGAACGACCUUUUUCUUGUUCCGAGUGUGGGAAGCGCUUCACCCGCAGCUCCCACCUUCAUAUACACCAGAGAGGCCACUCAUUAGAGAAAGACGUCGCACGCUACUUCCUGGUUUUGCGUUUCACCCGACAGGACAAUUCCGCACUCUACUUCCGUGUUGUGCGUUCCACCACGGCCACGCCCCUCGUUAUACGGCUGGAAAAACUUGGCGACCAUUUUGCUGUGGUCCAAAAGCUUGUUGUGAAAAGAUAUCCUACCUGGGUUUACAGACUGGCGAAGGAGACUUCUGCUGAGACCAGGUCACAGAAUGUGUCAGAAGAAAGGCGCCGGAAACACGUUAUGGAGACCCCAUUUCCUACCAUAAUGCAUGAAAAGAACAACAAGAGGAUUCUAGAAGUCAUUAACAAGAUGAUUGAGCUGCUGACGGGAGAGGAAGAAAACCUGAUUGAUAUCAAAGUUGAGAUUAAGGAGGAAGCAGAAGAAGGGGAGAUCACACCCGUGAUGGUGAAGGAGGAGGAAAUCCCUACAGAGAUCAGCACAGAUGGACUCUACAUCAGGAGAACAUCGGGGGAACAUCUCGAUUGUAAAACCGAAUACAGUGACAACAGACUAAAGACCCCAAGAGAAUCCCCCCACUGGGAGAUCAGGUCAGCUGAUCCUUCCAAUCCUGAAGAAGCUUCUGUAGAUGUUGGUCUACCCGGCAUGGGCCAUGCCAGCGGGCAGGUUUUCCCCUGCUCCAAAUGCGGUAAAUGUUUCGGCCAGAACGCGGAACGCGUCCGCCACGAGAAGCUUCACUUGGCCGAGAAGCUGCUUCAGUGCCCCGAGUGCCAAAAAUGCUUCUCCAACAAGGUGGCCCUCAACCGGCAUAAGAAACUCCACACGGCCAACAAGCCGUUUCAGUGCCCGGAGUGCGGCAAGCAGUUCCUGUACAAAUCCACCCUUCUGCACCACCAGCUUCUGCACCAGGCCGAAAAGCCCUUCGCUUGCCAGGAGUGUGGGAGGAGCUUCAUCCAGAAGGCUGACCUUCUGGUCCACCAGAGGGUCCACACGGGCGAGAAGCCCUUCCGGUGCUCGGACUGCGGUCAAAGCUUUUCGCAGAAGUCCCAGCUCACCCGUCACGUGAGGUUCCACACGGGCGAGAAACCGUUCGCCUGCCAGGACUGCGACCGGAGCUUCAGGGACAAAAAGGACCUGACGGUCCACCGGCGGAUCCACACGGGGGAGAAGCCGUUUCAGUGCUCCGAGUGCGGCCGCCGGUUCUCCCACAAACCCCGGCUGGUGCGCCACCAGAAGCUGCACUCCGGGGACCGGCCGUUCCCUUGCCCCGAGUGCGAAAAACGCUUCGUGCAGAAGACGGACCUCGUCAUCCAUUUACGAAGCCACACCGGCGAGAAGCCCUUCCCGUGCCCGGAAUGCGACCGGCGCUUCGCCCAAAAAUCCAAGCUGCUUCGCCACUGGAGGCUCCACACGGUCGAGAAGCCGUUCUCCUGCACGGACUGCGGCAAAUGCUUCACAGACGAGCCGACGCUCGCCGCGCACCAGAGGGAUCACCUGGACGAAAAGCCGUCCUCUGGGCCCAAGAGCCGAAAACUUUUUCAAAAGCAGCCCAGGGCGCGCGCCGACGACCAAUCGUACCCUUGCACCGAGUGCGAAAAGACAUUCCCAUGCAGGGCCAGGCUUGUCCAGCACCAGGUCUUCCACACGCGGGAGAGGCCCUACCCGUGCCCGGACUGUGGGAAAUGCUUCCCGUAUAAAUCGUACCUUGUCCGCCACCGGAGGACCCACACCGGCGACAAGCCUUACCCGUGCCCGGAGUGCGACCGCCGCUUUGCCGAAAAAACCAAGCUGGUCCGGCAUCUGAGGCUUCACACGGGCGAGAGGCCCUUUUCCUGCACGGAAUGUGGGAAAAGCUAUACGCAGAAGCAGAGCCUGGUCCAACAUCUGAGGAGUCACCAGGAUGGAAGGCCCGUGCGAGAGUAUGGUUUGGGAGAUGAUGCAUAUCUGGCUCACCUUUCCAGCUUCCGCAUGGAGAGGAUCUGCAAAAGGCCCCUUGAAAGGGAUUUCUUCACUCAAGAUCAGACCCUCUCUAUUGGGUUUUCCAUAAUGAAGAAGGGCGAGAGUCACAUGACUGAGAAGAUAUUGAACCUCACCUUGGAGAUCAUGUACCUGCUGACCGGAGAGGAUUACAUAGUUGUGAAAACAUCUGGAGAUCAUGCAACCCCGAGAAGCCCUCACCAUGUACCAGGAGGACGGAACAGGAGCCCUAGCCCCAAUGGAAAUGACAUCAGGAAACCAUCAGAGGAAUGUUCCAUUUCAUCACCACAUUGUGACCCUUUUGAUGAUUACAUCCCCCAAGACUGUCCCAUGUCUCCAAAUAUCCAAUCAGGACUGCUUGAUGCCGAUGGAUCUCUUGUUUGCCCGAAUCACAAAGACUCUUCUUCUGAUGAAUUCCAUACAGAUACCCAAAAUCUCCAUCCAGAACUUCACAAUGUGCCACCAAAGCCCUCUAAACCCAAGAAACCACGCACCCUUACACCAAAGCCUAGAUCAAAUAAAUCCUUUAAUCCUCAGAGACUGACCGAGAUGGAAAUUGUAUCAAAUGGCCAUAUGUACAAAGCUCAUAAAGCAUUCUGGUGCCCGGAAUGUGGAAAAUGUUUCUCCAAGAAAACCGAUCUGAUUAAGCACCUAAGGAGUCACACGGGCGAACGGCCGUUUUCUUGCCCCGAGUGCCAGAAAGGUUUUACCCAGAGUUCCCAUCUCAACCGGCAUCGGAGAAUCCACGCCGGGGUGAAGCGAUACGCGUGUUCCGAAUGCGGAAAGUGCUUUUCGGAAAAGUCCGAUGUUGGCCGGCAUCAGAAGGUCCAUCUGUUGAAGACGCCGUCGCCGUGUUUCGAGCAUAAUAAUGGUUUUACUGUGAUAACAAACCCUCCAUCUGGUGGUCAGAAGGCUGAGCUUCAGAAAUGUUGGUCUUCUAUAUCUGGUGUUCAGGACGCUCACCUUCAGAAAUGUUGGUCCUAUGUAUCUGAAGGUGUCAGGAGGUUGUUGUCUCUCUCCAUGAAGGAGUGGGAGUAUCUGGAAGAACACAAGGUUCAGUGCAAGGACUCUGUGAUGGAGAAUCAGCCACCACUCGCAUCACCGGAUGGAUCAAGUGACCAGAACCCACCAGACAGAUGCCCUAGUCCUGAUUCGUGGAACGAUGCAGUGGACUUGCGUGAACUUAACAUCAUUGUUAAAGAAGAGGAGAUUGCGAUACCAGUGACCGUGAAGGAAGAGGUGGCUUCAGUAGACCUCAGGACUGAUGGACACAAAGAAGAGGACAUCUUGGAGGUGUACCUUGCCUCAUCUCCAGACUGUAAAACAGAGAACAGUGACAUCACUCUGGUCACCCCUCAAGAAGACCAGGUCUCCCCGAAUAUCCAGAUCGUCCUUUGCUCUGCCAGCAUUUUGCCCAUCCCCACUAACCCCAUCGAACUCCCCAGUCCUGUUGCUCCUCCGACUAACUGUAGACGCAAAAAAGUCUUCCCCUGUCCCGACUGCGGGAAGAACCUUAGCCACAAGGCCAAUCUUAUAGCGCACCGGCGCAUUCACACUGGCGAAAAGCCGUUUUGCUGUCCAGACUGCGGGAGGGCCUUCACCCAGAAGUCAGAUCUAGCAAGGCAUCGAAGGAUCCACACAGGAGAAAAGCCGUUCGCGUGUCCGCACUGCGACAGAUGUUUCACACAGAAGUCGGACCUGGCCCUACACAAAAACGUUCAUGCGGGUGAAAAGCCCUUCCCUUGUUCGGACUGUGGGAAAAAAUUCACCCGAAAGUCAGUGCUGAUCCGACACAGGAGGAUACAUACCGACGAGAACCCUUUCCCAUGCCCUGAAUGUGGAAAAUGCUUUGUGCAAAGGUCGGAUCUGGUCUACCACCUCCGAAUUCACGUCGGUGACAAGCCCUUCUCCUGCGACGAGUGUGGGAAGUCCUUCAUCGGCAAGUCCGACCUGGUCACCCACCAGAGAAUUCACACCGGUGAGAAGCCUUUUGCCUGCACGGACUGCAGCAAGCGCUUUGCGCACAGGACGAUGCUCAUCAACCACCAAAGGGUCCACACCGGGGAGCGGCCAUUCUUCUGCACGGAGUGUGGCAGGAGCUUCAUGCAGAAGGCCAGUCUGAUAUAUCACCAGAGACUCCACAGGGGCGAGAAACCCUUUCCCUGCCCUGAUUGCAGCAGGAGUUUUACACAAAAGUCUGAUCUUGUCCGACAUCAGCGGACCCACACGGGGGACAGGCCCUAUUCCUGCACUUUAUGUGGGAAAAGUUUCACGCAGAAGUCCAUUCUCCUUAAUCACCAGAAGGUCCACACCGGGGACCGACCGUUCCCGUGCCCUGACUGUGGGAAAUGCUUUGCUAAGAGCUCGGACGUCAUCAGACACCGGAGGGUUCACACGGGCGAGAGGCCCUAUUUGUGUCUGGAGUGCGGUAAAUCCUUCACUCAGAACGCCAACUUUGUGAAGCACCAGAGGGCCCACACGGCGGAGAAACGCUUCGCUUGCCAAGAAUGCGGGAAGGCCUUCGCCAGCAACUCCACGCUGAUCAAGCACCAGCGGGUCCACACGCGGGAAAAGCCGCACCUGUGUUCGGAAUGCGGGAAGUACUUUUCCAGCAAGCCCAGCCUGCGGGAGCACAAGAAGCGUCACACAGGUGACAAGCCGUUCGGCUGCGACCAGUGUGGGAAGUGUUUUGUCAAGAAGUCCCACCUCACAGUUCAUGAGCGUAGCCACACCGGGGAGCGCCCGUUCCCUUGCCCGGAGUGCGGCCGGGGCUUCCCCACCAGCUCCAGCCUCCGUGCCCACCAGAGCGUGCACACCAAGGACACGCCGUUCACGUGCUUAGUAUGCGGCAAGGAGCUGAAGAGCCAGGCCAACCUGAUCUACCACCAGAGGAUCCACACCGGGAAGAAGCCCGACACCUGCCCUGAGUGCGGGGAGUCAUUCCUCAGCGGGCCUCAGCUACUUGUCCACCUGCGAAGCCACACUGGGGAGAAGACCUACACUUGCCAGGACUGCGGAAAGGACUUUGUCAGCCAGUCCCACCUCGACCGCCACAAGAGGACCCACACGGGCGAUAAGCCCUACGGCUGCCCCGAGUGCGGCAAGUGCUUCCCCAGCAAGUCCCACCUGGACAUCCACCGCCGCAUUCAUGCCGGCGAGAAGCCCUACAGCUGCCCCGACUGCGGCAAGGGCUUCAUCACCAAUUCGCACAUGGUCAUCCACCGACGCAUUCACACGGGCGAGAAACCUUACUCCUGCUCCAUCUGCGGGAAGUGCUUCAGUGGGGCCUCCAACCUUAUCAAGCAUGAGCAGAUACACGGGGGGGAAAAGGCCUACACCUGCUCGGAGUGCGGGAAGAGCUUCAUCAGCAACUCCCACCUGAUCAUCCACCAGAGAACCCAUUCUGGCCUGAAGCUGUACUCCUGUCCAGAGUGCGGGAAAAGCUUCUGCAGCAACUCCAGCCUCCUCCGGCAUCAGGAGUCGCACGCGGGAGAGCGACCUUACUCCUGCUCCGAAUGCGGCAAAGCCUUUGCACGGAAAUCCCACCUCUUCCAGCACCAGGAAGUGCACAGCGGCGGUGGUAAGCCCCACUCCUGCGCAGAGUGCGGAAAGUGCUUUGUCCACAGCGGCCACCUGGCCAAGCACCAGAAAGUUCACACUGAUGUCAAGCCUUACCCUUGUCCGGACUGCGAGAAGUCGAAAUGUUUCGCCAGCAAUGCCCACCUGAUCCAGCACGUGCGUGUCCACACAGGAGAAAAACCGUUCUCCUGCCUUGAGUGCGGGAAGUGUUUCAUUAGCAACGCCAACUUGGUGGUGCACCAGCGAGUCCACACCGGGCAGAGGCCGUAUCACUGCACUGACUGCGGGAAGUCCUUUGCCAGCAGCUCCCAGUUGGUGGAGCAUCAGCGGAUUCACACAGGAGAGAAGCCGUACUCGUGCCCAGAGUGCGGGAAACGUUUCACCUUCCGGUCCAGUCUGGUGAAGCACGAGAGAAGCCACACCGGAGAGAAGCCUUGCGGUUGCUCCGUUUGCGGGAAGAGCUUCAUGCAGAAUUCCCAUCUGGUGAUCCACCGGAAGACUCACCUGGGGGAAAAGCCGCAUUCGUGUGCAGAGUGCAGCAAGACAUUCAUCACCAAAGCCAGCCUGGUUAUCCAUCAGAGGAACCACACAGGCGAGCGGCCCUACCCUUGUGUCGUGUGCGGAAAAUGCUUCACUUGCAGCUCUAGCCUCGGCAUCCAUCAGAGGACUCACGCAGCGGACAAGCCGUACGCCUGCCCUGAGUGUGGCAAGAGGUUCCCCGGGAACUCGGAGCUGGCCAAGCACCGGAAGAUCCACACGGGCAGCCGGCCGUACACCUGCCCCGAGUGUGGCAAGACGUUUGUCCGCAACUCCGACCUGCGGGUCCACAGCAGGAGCCACACGGGCGAAAGGCCGUACUCUUGCUCCCAGUGUGGAAAACGCUUCGCCAACAGCUCCGUCUUCGCCAUCCACCAUCGCAGCCACUCGGGCGACCGCCCCCACGCCUGCUACAAGUGUGGCAAGUGCUUCAUCAGGAACUUUGACCUGGUUGUCCACAUGAGGCGCCACACCGGGGAAAAACCCUACGCGUGCUCUGAAUGUGGCAAAUGCUUCACCCAGGAGUCCUUUCUCGUCAAGCACCGCAGGAAACACGCCGGCAAGAUGCCUCACGCCUGCUUGGCGUGUGGCAAGGCAUUCAAGCGCAAGGCGCAACUGGAAAACCACCAGAGAGUUCACACGGGCGAAAAGCCUUUUACCUGUGAUGAUUGUGGCAAGAGCUUCCCGCUAAAGACCUCCCUGGUCAAACACCGCCGCAUCCAUUCCGGCGAGAAGCCGUAUUCCUGUGCAGAUUGUGGGAAGAGCUUCGCUUAUAACUCCCUCCUCCUGGAGCACCAGAAGGUCCACACGGGCAAUAAGCCGUUUCUGUGCCCAGACUGUGGCAAGUGCUUCCCGCGCAACUCCCAGCUGGUUAAGCACCGCAGGACUCACACGGGUGAAAGGCCUUUCCCAUGCAACGAGUGCGGAAAAUAUUUUGCUCACCAGUCCAUCCUCCAAGAGCACUUGAAGGUCCACACGGGUGCCAGACCCUACUUGUGUACAGAGUGCGGGAGGUCCUUCUCGCGCAAGACGGAGCUGGUAAAACAUCAGCGAAUCCACACAGGGGAGAAGCCAUAUGCCUGUCCAGAGUGCGGCAAGUGUUUUCGCCAGAGAGGGAUCUUGGUGACCCACCUGAAAGCCCACUCCGGGGAGAAACCUUAUUCGUGUUCUGAGUGCGGCAAGUGCUUCAAGAACAAGUCCAACCUUCUGAAACACCAAAGCACUCAUGAAGAGUGGAAGCUGUAUUCCUGUUCUCAGUGUGGGAAAACGUUUUCCUACAAGCACAACCUAGUCAGCCAUCAGUCGAUCCACACGGGAGACAAGCCUUACUCAUGCUCCGCGUGCGGGAGACGCUUUCUGAAAAAGUCAAACCUUGACGCCCAUCAAAGAACUCAUUCGGGGGAGAAACCGUUUCCGUGUUCCCAAUGCGGAAAAAGCUUUGCGCAAAAGUCAACCCUUGUGAGGCACAAAAGAACGCACACGGGUUUCCAUCCGUACUCCUGCUCCGAGUGCGGGAAAACGUUUGCGCAGAAGUCAGGACUGGUCCGCCAUCAGGCCACUCACACGGGUGCCUACCCCUACACCUGCUCAGAGUGCGGGAAAGGUUUUACGGCGAAGUCGGUUCUCCUCACCCAUCAGAGGGUUCACACGGGGGAGAAGCCUUUUCUGUGUUCUCGCUGCGGCAAAUGCUUUAGAUAUAAAGAAAGUGCUGAUCGGCACCGGCUGUUGCGUUGUGAGGUUGAUCACCCCUCAGGUAAGUAGACAGCAAGGCAGCAGAUG